AUGAAAGUUGCGAUAUUGCAUUCCAGGAGCUCAAGAAAGCUAAAGAACCGCCUGUGCAAAACACCUAUUUUGGGGUACUCUGAUGCGGGCAAGGAAUUCAUAGUUGACACAGACGCAAGUGAUAUAGGACUUGGCGGUGUGUUGUCUCUACGGAAUGGUGAUCAAAAGAUUGUGAUAGCGUACUUCAGCAAGUCGUUGUCAAAGCCGGAAAGGAACUAUUGUGUCACAAGACGGGAAUUGCUUGCUGUGGUAAAGUCCUUGCAGCAUUUUAGCAAAUAUCUCCUGGGGCGGAAAUUCUACUUACGAACUGACCAUGCCGCACUGAAAUGGCUAUUGCAGUUCAAAAAUCCGGAAGGACAAGUUGCGAGAUGGAUUGAACUACUACAAGAAUACGACUUUGUGAUCGAACAUCGCAGCGGGAAAUCUCAUGGCAAUGCAGAUGCAUUAUCAAGAAGACCUUGCCCUGAAGAUUGCAAGCAUUGUACUAGGCAAGAGGGUAAAGAAGUGGUAUCUGCGAAGAUAUGCAGGACAGACCAGCUCAGCAAUGAAUGGACGGACAGCCUAGAACAUGCACAGCAGGAAGAUUCGGACAUUAAGCCGAUUCUGGAAUGGAUGAAGGCCAGUGCUCCUAAGCCCAAGUGGAGCGACGUCUCGGUAAUGAGUUCGACUAUGAAAAACUAUUGGGCCCAAUGGGACAGCUUGCUGAUUCAGAAUGGAGUCCUGUGCCGUAAAUAG